UCCAAGUAAAUUGUUGCAAAAUGAAAUUCACUGUAUUUGCCAUCGUUGCCUGUUUAUGCCUUGCGGCUGUAACUGCCAAAUCCACUGGCAAUUUUAUGAGCGAUGAUGCUUUAAUUCAAGAAUAUGAAUUAAUGGCCCAGGAUUUAGCUGAGGAAAUCAUGGAUAUUGAAGCCCAGACUAUCUUUUCGGGCAUGUACUGGGUUUUGAAAAAAACCUUAACAACCCUGAAAGGCAUUAGUUGUACCAUUGAUGAAGUUUUAAAAAUUCAAGUUGCUGCCCAUAAAUUUCUUACCGAUAUUGCUGCUUGCGGUGGUGAGGUUUCCCAAAAAGUCCAAACUCUAAUUGAUGCCGUUAAUGAUAUUAUUGAAACCUGCAAAGCUAUUGUGGGCAUAAAUGAAAGCGUUUGCGCUAAUGGUGGUAAAUCGUCGAGAGGCGUUGUUUCGGGUGUUAAGGUUAGCCAUAAAUGUGCUGCCAAUAUGCUGAGUAAACUUUUAAGAUUGAACAAGCAAAUACAACGUGCUUUGAAAUUGAUUAUACAAAUUAAGAAUGUUCCCGGUGAUAGCAGCAAGUGUGUCCUUAAGGCUGUUGACACUUUGGAAAAGUAUUUCACUGAAUUUCCAGCCAAUAUUAAGAUUUGCUCUAAGUUGACUAAUUAAAUUAGUGCAUAGAAUUAAUAUUUUAUUAUUGUCUAAUAAAUGUAUUAAUUUUAAUCGAUGAAAUAAAUAUACGAGUAUAAACUUAUAAUGCAAAAAAUAAA